GUGACCUCUUCCCGCCCCACGCGUCAGGUGUGGGAUCUGCAGGGCAGGGCGGGUGAUUUCUGGGGUGAAGGAACCCCAAGGCUAGAGGGCAGAGACCGGGGAGCCAGCUGUCCAAGGCCGAGGCCAGGGCACCCCACCCUUGUGCAGCUGCUCCCGAUGAAGCCUGGAGAUAAACAGUGAAGAGGCCAGAAGGCUCAGCUCCUCCCUGAAGGUCAAUGGGCGGUGGGACUUGGGGACCAGUUUGGAUUCAGGCAGGCAAGUGGAGGUGAGACUCUGCCCCAGCAUGAACUGCACUCCCAGAAACAGGAAGUAGAAGCUAGAGCAGCUGUCUGUCUGCUAUGGCUUGUGAGCCUCCCACAGAUCCUGGAGGGGCAGCUGGUCCCCUGCCCACCUCUACCCUGGGCUGCAACACCCUGCCUCAGGGGAACCCUCCUGGCUGGGGACAAGAGCUACAGAAUGGCCAGGUCCUCACAGUCCUCCGGGUCGACAAUACCUGUGCACCCAUCUCCUUUGACCUGGGAGCUGCAGAAGAGCAACUGCAGGCCUGGGGCAUUCAGGUCCCUGCUGAGCAGUACAGGAACUUGGCUGAGAGUGCUCUCUUGGAACCUCAAGUGAGGAGGUACAUCAUCUACAACUCCAGGCCCAUGAGGCUGGCCUUUGCUGUGGUAUUCUACGUGUUGGUGUGGGCCAACAUCUACUCCACCAGCCAGAUGUUUGCCCUGGGCAACCAGUGGGCAGGCAUGCUGCUUGCGACCCUGGCCGCUGUCAGCCUGACCCUGGUCCUUGUGCUGGUCUUUGAGAGGCAGCAGAGGAAGGCUAACACUAACACAGACCUGAGGCUGGUGGCCGCCAAUGGAGCCCUUCUGAGACACCGAGUGCUGCUGGGUGUGACAGACACAGUGGAGGGAUGCCAGAGUGUGAUCCAGCUCUGGUUUGUCUACUUCGACCUGGAGAACUGUGUGCAGUUUUUGUCUGAUCAUGUUCAAGAAAUGAAGAGGAGCCAAGAGUCCUUGCUGAGGAGCCGAUUAAGCCAGCUAUGUGUUGUCAUGGAGACAGGAGUAAGCCCUGUGGUGGAAGGGCCUGAGGACUUGGAGGAUGCUCCCCUCCUGCCCAGCACUUCUGGUCCUCAAGAGAGACCACUCACCCAGACUGAACUCUAUCAGCUUGUUCCGGAGGCUGAGCCAGAGGAGAUGGCCCGGCAGCUACUAGCAGUGUUUGGUGGCUACUACACCCGGCUCCUGGUGACCUCUCAGCUCCCUCAGCCAAUGGGAAGACGACACAUGGACUCUGCAAGGAUCCCAUGCCCCUGCCAGCUCAUAGAAGUACACAUUCUGGGCACAGGAUGUUGCCCAUUCCUGGUCAGGUGACCUAGGGAUGAAGAUGCUCAUCUUCCUCUAAGACUGAGAAGUGGGGGAGGAGUCAGGAGCCCAGCAUGGCCAACAGUGAGCUCAGAUGAGGUCAGCAUUUGGGGACACUUUGGCAAGUGUCAGUCAUGUAGGCCUUGUGGUCAUCAAGUGCACACCAGAUGCCUUCUUGGCAUCAUAUGCUUGGCCUUGCUGAGUCCGGUGGCUGAGCUGGAGUUACCUGGGCUUGGCGGCUUGGAUGAAGGAUCUUUUCAGUUGUCUGCAAAGCCCCAGGGACCUGCGGCAGACUCCACAGGGCAAGUCCCGGACCCUUGGUGUCAGAAAGUGAGACUGAGGCUCAGAGAGAGAGGAUGCUGCUCUUUCAGCAUUGCCUCAGGCUGCCGAUGUCACAGGCCUACCUGUUUUCAGUGUGAGGGAAGAGUCUCAGAAGGGUGAGCUAGCCUGUGAGUUAGUACCAUCUGGGAUUGUUGUCUGCUAGCACCUGGGUUAUAGAGGACCAGAGUUGGAGGACAGCAAGGAGAAGGAGACAAAAGGCCAGUGACCAUCAACAGGGCACUGGAAAAGAAGAUCCUGUUGGACUCAGACUGUCUUUGCAUGGCAACAUACUGGCUUGAGAUUGUGUUUCUGUCUUGCCGAGCAGCAGUGGUGUUUUCUGACACUAACAUUGUUCUGGAAUGAAGUAUGAUCAGACACUCUGGGCUUGUGUGAAGAACUCAGAGACUUUCCCAAAGUUUGAUGACUGUCCACAGCCCUAUGCCCAAAGCCCUGGUCUGGUGUGAAGGUCCUACUCCAAGAACCAGCCUUUGUGGUUUUUGUCCCCCACAAAUCAUCAUUAUAAGUUGGAACUCUUCCUUGAACUGACAUAUGUACUCAUUCCUGUUAGACUCUUAUUCAUCCCGCAAAACCCCACUUUCCAUGUCCUUCAUGCUGUCCUCUGCCUCAUUGAAAUUCCUGAUGGAUUGUUCCCCUUAUGGAUGUUUUAUGUUAUUCCAUGUUUCUCCUGUACAUAUCCCUUUUUCUAUCAAGACUGUAAACUCCUCAAGGUCCAACAUUGUACCCAUCUUCCUUUUGUGGAUGACCGGGACUUGCUUAGAAAAAAAAAAUCUGAAAAGUCCCAUGGAUUGGUUGCCUUACCCUCUCCACCGUUUGUGGCACAUGCUUCUGGCAAACAUGGUUGAAUGAUAAGACCCAGGUCAUGAUGGACUGGAGGUCUGUUCUGGAGCUGUGUUACUUUGUGCACCCUCCAUUUGUCCCUCUCUACAGGCUGGAUGAUCUUGGUCGUUUCCAGCUUGUGCUGUUUGUUAGUCUCUCCUCCGUGCACCAAGUGCUCCCCUGACCCCAAGCUGAGGUGUCAUUGGAGGGAGCCUUCAGAGGGAGCACUGGCCUCCCUAAGCUGGUAACCUGGAUUCUCAUUGCCCACCUGCCAUCUCCAGGGCUGUGUGACCACGGCUGAGUGCACUGCUUCUCAGUGUGUCCACUGACUCCUGUAUAGAGUGAUGCAGUGGACCGGAACACACCACUCAGGAGAUUUUCUAGGUGAGACAUGUCCUACCUCUUUGCGUUCUCUGUGUCCAAGAUGGAGGAGUCCCCCAGCCAUGAGCCGGGGCAGCUUUGCUCCGUGGAAUCAUUCACCGUCUUUUGAGCCAGUCACUGUGAAGUUGAUCAAAGGAAGCCUGUGCUUGUCCUCUGGUCACAGAGCUCUUGAACAUAAUGGUGGAAAAUAAAACUGUUUAGUGAAUGGAGCAGCUUGCUUAUGGAGGGUUGGUAUGGUCCUUCCACAUCUUCCCUGUCUGCUGGAUGGGACUUAUGGGGUGAGCCCACAGUGGACCUUUCUUUGUGUGUGCCUCAGUUUCCUCCUCUGUAAAUCCUUGUGUCUGCUUUACAAAGUUGCCAUGAGAAUAAACUAUCCAGCUUUUUUUGUAAAUUAUGUUUAAAUCAUAUCCCUGUGCACGUGAGUUCUGGGAAUUAAACUCAGGUCGUCUGUAAGAAUGGUUCAUGUUUAUACUUCUGAGCCAUCUUUAUAGCCCAGUACUCCUAGGUUCUAUACCCAUCAGAGACAGGAGGCAUGGGCACACCGCCAUGCAGGUAGGAACAUUCAAAGCCAUGUAAUACCUGCCAUCUUAUAUCUGUCCCAUCAGUCACCAGGGAGGAGAGCACAUGCCUGGCAGAUGUUUCAAACUGAAUGGAAACAACCUUCAGUGCUUGUACCAAGUCACAAGCUGGAGAGGGACUCAGUAACCUGUUGCGGUCUGUCUUCUUGCUGUCUGGUGUACAAUAGGUGCCCAUAUGUGUUUUGACUCUUGCCUCAUGCUCAAUUAUUCCAGCACCUCAGGGGUCUGUAUGCAAAUAAAGAUUUGUCAAAUCUCAA